AUGGACUGGCGCGACGUGGACUGGGGAGCCGCCCUGGCGCGCGUCAUGGGCGGCGCCCCCUCUCCCUCGUCGCCCUCGCUCGAGCAGCUGCUGCAGGCGGCCGUGGACUCGAUGCAGGAGCCGCUGCCGGCGCUGUGCGGGUCUGCCGGCAGCAUGUGCGUGGCGGGCCUCUUCCUGCUGAGGAUGCAGGCGACCAUGGCGCUGGUGCGCAUGGGGCAGCUGGCGCGGGCCACGGCGGCAGCGCUGCUGAGCCCGUCGGCGCAGGCCUUCGCGCGCGCCUUCGGGGGCUCCCCGGACCUCAGGGCGGAGGGCACCUUUCAGGAGGAGUUCGGCUGGGACCGCAAGGAGCCGCUGACGCUUCCACAGGCCGCCUUCCAGAGCCUCGGGCGGCUGCUGCACCAGCUGGCCGACCUCCGCCGCCGGAGGACCCGCGGCGGGCCGAGGCGUCGAAUGGUGCUGAUGCGCAGUUUGCCUUCGGCGAGAAUUAUUGGCGUCAGUUUGUGGAGCGGGGCCGCAUCUCCGUCUACAGCAUCGAGUCGGCCGUCCGCGAGGUGA